AUGGGAUGCUUCACGCAAAAGAAAGCUGGUUCGACUCUAUUUGAUGACAGAUCUGAAGAUCGCGGACAUCCAGCAGGUCUUGUCGACGGAAGGCUUCACCCCAAAGUAGUGCUCUGCCCUACAUGUGCGAGAUUCGUUGGGCUUAUUUCUACCAGGUCGAGAAAUAUUCAAACCCAGUUGAGUAUUCUAUUGCCAGAGAAUGCGAAGGAAUGGAGACGAUACAGACCCAACGGAAUCAACAAAGGCAAGGAUCGUUUGACGGCAUUGAAGAAUUGCAGAGAAUACCAAAACUCGAAGCGUCUCCGACAUACUCCUCAACCGAAAGCCAAAUUGAAGAAAGCAGACAUGACUGCUUUUGGUUUGAAGCAAGUGCAGGUUGCGAAUCCAUUUUACGACCCUGGACGCCAUUACGAUAGUAUUCAUUGCAAAGGAGUGCCAUCCCACUCUACCUUCCCAACCCUGAAUCAAUCCUUUUGGAACCAGUCACCUUCAAGAUCUAGCAGCGGCAGCGACAGUGACAAAGAAGUGGUGUGCGCUGUUUCUACGGAUACUCCCAAUGAAGGAAGAACUACUUCUGACAUGCUGGACAGCCGAUACUACAGCCAGUGUGACAGCAAGGCACCAACACCAACUGCUCGGGAACCCGUAAGCAACAAUGGUAUUGCCGACACUGAUUCGAGUCAAUCCGAGUCUCAUUCCGACCCUCGACGCGACGAUGAGGUCGUCCCACUUGUGGUCAAAGUUGGAACUCCGCCAGCGUUCAACACGACCAGCAUUACACGGUCAAGCUCUAGAGCAAGUCGAAGUGGUGGGGCAAGCAUAAGAACAAUUAGUACAAGGAUUUCUUCCAGAGCAUCUAUCUCAUGGAGCCAUGUCAGCUCUGUCCUCGCUGCUACUUUGUCCUCGGGUUUCAGUCAUCGAUAUUCGGCGAGUUCAUCCUUCGCUGACCUGUCAAGGUUGGACAACACUUCCACUCUAUGGUCUCGUGACGAAUUCGAAUCUUGGAACGAACUCGUCGACCAGACGAGGCUGCAUUCAGCCCCGCUUCAACUAUCCUCUCACGCAGGGUCUUUGCACGAAAGACCUUGUUGUGGUCGCUUUAAAGAAAUACCCUACACCCAGACGAUCGAAAAAUGCAAUGUCUGUGGAUACAACGGAAUAUUUCAACUAGCCCGCCACGUGAAAAUUCGUUUAUUCGACUCUGGUACUCAAGAUCGAUUUGGGAACACUGCUCUCCACCAUGCUAUGGCAGCAGGAAAUUUGUGGGUCAUAAAAGUCUGGAUGGAUGAUACGGAACACUCCUCAAAUGUAGACCUGUCUCAUCGCAAUACAUCCGGGGAGACAUUCCUCCACGUAUGCCGGAUUCAGAAAAGUGAACAAUUCAUCACUUAUACCGAGAUCCUCAAAACUGUUGCCCAACGAGGAUUUGACUUCUCCAUUCGAGACCACAGUGGCCGCACAAUUGCGCAGCGACUCCACGAGCUAACAGAUGAGUGGGACAAAAUCGAUGAGAAUCAGUUACUUGAGGCUGGAACCAUCUUUAGGAUGAAGAAUCAGUUACUUGAGGCUGGCACCAUCUUUAGGAUGAAGAAAAAUCCCAACGUCAUCGAUUUACAAGGAGAUGAAUGGCAGCUGCCACAUUCUCUCGUCCUUCCUCCUCCAAUUGAACGGGGAACACUCCUCUUGAAUAGACUUAGACAAUCCCCUCCCACGCCAAUUCGUGGAUUCGAACUCCAGUCUCUCGUGCAACAUUCCGACAUACAUAUUCGCGAUGAGCGUGGCUAUACUGCACUUGCCAGCGCAGCUCGGCUUGGCUUUACAGAUGCCUGCGAUCUACUCCUACAAAAUGGCGCAAAUCCAAACACUCGAAGCUAUCAAGGGACCAGUGUGAUUGCGCAUGUGACGGCUCAUCUCAUUCAAGCGCAACAGAAUGACGAUAGUGGAUUAUAUUCUCGAAUUCUGUCGUGUAUUGUUCAGCUAACAGACCAUGGGGCAAAGCUUAUCGUGUCGGAUCAUGAUGAGUUCGCUAUUGAUGCUUUAAAGGAGGUCAAAAGAAAGACGUCUAUUCGCGACAAAUUUCUCAAGCCGCUCCUCAAGUCGACAUCAAUAAUGAUGCGCAAGAAUAAGAGGAAGCUGGGCAUGAUUGAGGAAAAACCAUUGGAACUCGAAGGCAUUGCCGGAGUAUCAGAACUCGAAGGCACCGACAGAGUAUCAGAACUUGGAGGGUACCAAAUACAUAAACUUGAUACCUACCGCCCAUCAGUACUUGCCGAUACCAGCAGAAUACCAGAACCUGAAGCUACCAGUUCCUGGUCCGUUCGCACAGGGACACUCACAGAUCAGUCAUCACUGAACUGUGUAAACUCGUUCAAACCACCUGAUUCUUCUCAGCGGAUUGACCCAAGUGCUGGCGACGACUGCAGUUUCAGCAUCUAUGCACAGCCUGCCACAAGCUCAUGGCAUACUCGCCAAACUGGGGUCCAGCACAGCCAGUGCGACGGCCCCGCCGAAUUCAGAUGCCAACCAGUCAUUAUUGAUGGAUAUCUGUCUCACCACCAGCCUGUAUCUUUGUCAAAAAGUCUAGAACAUGUUCAAUACGGACAAGAUGCUUCCGAAUCCGUGGUGACAGAUCCAAAUCCUGCUGGCGGAUGUCCCACAUCGGAUAAUACGCAAGUAGGAACUGCAUCGACCAUGGUCCCAUUCUCUUUCUCUGUUCGAGAAUCCCAGAUAACUCUCGGUUUUCAAGAGGUGGCUGAAGCCCUAUUUCCUUCUACAGCAUUGCCUCACACAGAUUCCGCACCGGCUACGUCCUCGCAAUGCAAGGUACUGACCGCCGGAGCUCUUUCGAUGACAGAUUGCAAGGGCCUUGGUGCGUUCCUUCCGAGUCCAGAUAUAGGAACGCCGUCAAACUCGCAGCCUAGUUGGCGUGACAUCGGUGAUAAUUAUCCGGACGUUGAUCCUCGAGAAGAGAAAAGCUACCUAACUUCUGGUCAUUGUGCCUCCCAAUUGUGUGGAAUAGAGCCAAGUUUCUCAAAGUUUCAACAGCAGUUGCAGCAACCAGUCAUUGACGCAUCGGCAAAAACCGCCACACAAAUAGGUCCGGACUCAUGCGUUUCUCGCCUACGAGCAGUGCCGCCGUUUGCUCCGGAGGCUGAUUCUUGCUUCACUUCACAGUUUGAGAUCCAAGCUUCAUCAGUAACAUGGGGUGUUCCCCCGGCCAGUCAAGAUAAUCACAAUUCCUCCAAAGUGUUUGAGAACGAGAUCACGUACCAUCCAAGAAAGCGUCGACGACGAUCUGGUCCAGCAGCAACGGAACCGGUACUGAAAGCAUACUCUGUUCCUUCACAAACUCAAUUGCUAAGCGUGGAAAUAUCGCACAGUCCUUUCGAUGACAUACCCAGCUCUACGAUGGACUUUGCGAAACCCAAUAAUCGUCGACUCAUCAAGAAUCGGUCUUUAAUGACGACGGCCAUGCCUUUUCCGCCAGGGUCGCCUGAGCCACCACGAAAACGGCAUCGCAGGAAAGGAGACUACGUAAAGCCUGGAAUGGCGUCAGACUCAACUGGAAUUCCCUCGCCAAGGUUCACAAACUCUUUUGGACAACCUGCAGAAGCUCAACUUCCUGGUACGGGUUCGCAGGCACCAGUUCUAUUUCAGCAUCGAUGA